CACGCAUGGGCACGCCCGACAGUACCGAGCGCGGAUGUCACGCCAAAGUUAAACAGAAAGUGACUUUUGAUGGUGCAGGAGGAUAACAUACAACUGAAACAGCAACAAUGCGUGCCUGCCAUAAGAAGAGUCUUGGAUUGAUUGUGCUUAGUGGACUUGCGCUAGCCCUGUUUCAUGUUUGGAGCCCUGGGACUACCUCAGGAGUUGACAUACAGCCAAGACAGAGGAGUGAAAUACAUGAACUCCUUGAGAGGAAAGCUCUAAAUGCAAUCAGUGACUAUCCUGACAUCGCCUUCAAUAUAAAGGAGGAUGUGGCUUGUCGCUUGGCAAGAAAUACAUGUGUAUGCCUGGCUGAUAAGGAGUCCUUCCGCCUGCCUUUCGCCAAUCUGCUCUUCCCACGUGUGUGGGCCCACAAGUUCGACGUUGCAUUGUUACAAAAACAUCCUGACCCAGAAGGUGUUAAGCGGCACAGAGCUCAGGAGUACAACAGCUUUCAGAAGAGGUCAUACAAUCCUGCAGAUGCGCCUAUUAUAGCUGAGGCCAACAGUCCUCUUCAGUAUCCUACUCAGGGUGUGGAGGUGCGACCGCUCAAAACAAUCAUCAUUCCUGGUUUGGGUCUCAAAGAAAAAACAAAGCCUAACCACACGGUAUAUUUGACAGCAACACAGGGGACUUUUGAUGUUGCUGCUACAGUAGGCAUGGUUUCUGUUAAAGGAGGGGGAGAGAAGCACAUAAUACUCUCGAGUCCUCAGCUCUCUGCUCUGAACAAGCAGCUGCAGUUCAUCACCUAUACAAACACUGUGUUCCAUCCCAAUACAGCAGAUACAGUUCAAUUUGCAACAGAAGGUCAUCAGUCAUUUUUCACCAUUAAAGUUGGACACAAAAUCAUCCCAAGACUUUACAACUCUGGAUACCAAAAAGAGUACAAUAUUAGUGCUCUUGUUACUAUAGCCACCAAGACCUUUCUGCGCUACGACAAGCUCAAAGAACUCAUUGACAGUAUACGGCAGUAUUAUCCAACAGUCACCAUAGUGAUAGCAGAUGAUAAUGAACACCCUCAGCAAGUGACCGGGCCUCACAUUGAACACUACAUCAUGCCAUUUGGAAAGGGCUGGUUUGCGGGAAGAAACCUGGCAGUGUCUCAAGUGACCACCAAGUAUGUGCUCUGGGUGGAUGAUGAUUUUAUCUUCACUGCAAACACCAAGUUGGAGAAUAUGGUGGACGUCUUAGAGAAGACCACCUUGGAUCUGGUUGGUGGUGCAGUGAGAGAAGCAACAGGUUACACUGCAACAUACCGUCACACCAUAUCAGUGGAAGAGGGAGGAGAAGAGGGUGACUGUUUACAUUUUAGAAAAGGCUACUAUCAUGUCAUUGAGGGAUUUCCCAAUUGUGUGGUGGCUGAUGCUGUCAUCAACUUCUUCAUGGGGAGGACAUACAAGGUGCAGCAGGUGGGCUUCGACCCCCGCCUGGCACGGCGCGGUCAUCUGGAGUUCUUCGUCGAUGCACUGGGACACCUCCAUAUUGGCUCCUGUCAUGAUGUCAUCGUAAACCACACAUCAAAGAUUCAUUUACCCUGGACAAAAACAGAAUCCCAGAAGGCCUAUGAGAAAUUCCGUUACACCUCCUCCAGUUCUGAAUCUGACCUUUAUAACGAAAUAUUUUAUUUCAAAAACAGGUUCAAGUGCAAGACAAGUAACUGAAACCUGUGCUUCCACUUGUUUCUUUGCUGGUUUAAUGUGAGGAUGGAUGGAAAAUUAUUGUUUUCAGUUACGAUUAAGAACACAAGCUGUUGUUUACUGUUCGUUCACUGCCUAAAGACUUGCUGUUGUGUGGACAAAUUUUGAUCUGUGAACAGAACAUUCCUCCCUGAUAUAUUGGGAGAAAUCAAUGAAUCCAUAUCCUAUUCAUUAGACAUUAACCUCCAUUAUGCAAUAUUUACCCUCUAAGGUACACGCUAAAAAGGCCAUGUUUUUGGCCAUGCAAUCAUGCUGGCAAAGAUUGUGCAAAGAUUUGUUGUCUGCCAAGAACAAAUCCGACCAAUUUUGCAAACCCACUGACUCAUUGGGCCGUCAUUCAGAAAUGUCAAUGAAGUUGACAUUGUUGAAUCUCAAUGAAAUAUCUCGGCAGCUAUUGCAUGGAUUUCCCAUUAAAUGAGAUGUUCAUGGUGCCCAGGGAGUAAAUCCUGGUAACUUUAAUGAUGCCUUGACU